AUGUCCAAACCCACACACAUCGUCCGCUUCAUCGCCGCCGAAGACAACCGGAUACACAUUGGGCAGCUGGUCGACACGUCGCGCGAUGUUGGCCUCGACAGCCUCGAAGGCAAGGAGAUCAAGGCCUACCUAAUCAACGGCACCAUCUUCGCCGGCGAAGUCACCAAGCAAGUCUACACGGUCAAGCAGCUUCUCUCGCCCGUCUCCAUGGAGGACUGUAACUACAUCCGCUGCCUAGGCCUGAACUACAUGGACCACGCAAAGGAAGCCAACAUGGCCCUCCCCAAAGCGCCCAUCCUCUUCACCAAGCCACGCACCGCCCUCGCGGACCCCUACCCCGCCGCCAUCCCCAUCCCGAAAGCCGCGCAAGACGGCACCUCGGACUACGAAGCCGAGCUGUGUCUUGUCAUUGGCAAGACGGGGCGCGACAUCCCCGAGGACCAGGCCUUGGAUUACGUGUUGGGCUACACGUGCAGCAACGACGUGUCGGCCCGCACCAUGCAGAUGGCCACGACGCAGUGGAGCUUCAGCAAAGGUCUGGACGGCAGCUGUCCGUUGGGGCCCGUGCUGGUGACGAAAGAAGUGGUGCCAGAUCCGCAGACGUUGGGGAUCAAGGCCAUUUACAAUGAUCAGGUCGUGCAGGAUGGGAAUACCAAGGACAUGAUCUUCAACAUCAAGAAGCAGAUCUCGUACCUCUCGCAGGGCACGACGCUCGAGGCCGGCACCAUCUUCCUGACGGGCACGCCGGCGGGGAUCGGCUACUUCCGCCAGCCGCGCGUCGUCUUGGAAGAUGGAGGCGAUAUUCGCGUGUGGAUCGACAAGAUUGGCACGCUGGUCAAUAAGGUGCGGUAUGAGAGCUGGUGA